AUGAUCCAUCGUCCACCUUUAUCGACACGUUCAGCUCUUCGAGCUUUCUUCCCCCUGCGCCGGUUUUCGACCGAGUCGAGUUUAACCUCGGAUCAUGUGCGCAUUGUGGAGGUUGGCCCUCGGGAUGGACUUCAGAACGAGAAAAAGUCUAUCAAUAUAGAGACGAAACUGGAGUUGAUCCGGCGGCUUGCUAAGACUGGCGUCACAACAAUCGAAGCGGGCUCUUUUGUGCCUCCGAAAUGGGUGCCACAGAUGGAUAGCACUGCUCAAAUCUGCGAAACACUCCUUCUCUCACCACCGCCGUCCAAAGACACAAUUGCCUACAACUACCUGGUCCCGAAUAUCAAGGGUCUAGAAGGCCUAGUCAGGAUCAUGGAAGCCACGGGCGUUCCAGCGGAAACACCCGCAGCAACAACGGAGAUUUCCCUGUUUGCUGCAGCUACCGAAGCAUUCUCAAAAGCCAAUACUAAUUGCACCAUUGCCGAAUCUCUCGAGCGCAUCAAGCCCAUAGUCUCAUUGGCCAAGACAAAGAACAUCCGAGUGCGUGGAUAUGUAUCAGUGGCUCUAGGGUGUCCCUACGAAGGCCCUGACGUGGACCCGAUCAAGGUGGCGGAUAUCACUGCUACUCUACUCGAGAUGGGCGCCGACGAAGUGUCAGUGGCGGAUACUACGGGCAUGGGCACAGCGCCCCGGACAAUGGAGCUUCUCAAAGCACUCAAAGCAGCCGGCAUUUCCACCUCAGACUUAGCUCUACAUUUUCACGAUACUUAUGGGCAGGCUCUCGUCAAUACUAUUGUUGGUCUAGAGCAUGGCAUUCGGAUCUUCGAUAGUAGUGUCGGGGGCUUGGGAGGCUGCCCAUACUCCAAGGGCGCUACAGGAAAUGUCUCUACCGAAGACCUCGUUCAUACGAUUCAUGGUCUCGGUAUGUAUACUGGUGUUUCUCUUGAAGAGAUGUCGCGUAUUGGGUCAUGGAUCAGUCAGGAACUGGGCAGAGCGAACGAUAGUCGUGCUGGGAAGGCUACACUGGCUCGUUUGUCGGAGUAG